AUGCGCAGCAUCACCCGCUGUAGGCAUCUUGCCUCCGCUCUGCAGCAUCCGAUAGCCAACGCAUCGAAAUUUUCAGUUCUCAUCUACCAAAAACGGCUUCAUGCUAGUGCAAAUACCCAUUUGUAUCCAUCGUACACCCUGAAAUGCCUGGAUGCACCUCAUCUAAGUCUAGCUCAAGAACUAGAGCAUGUCCGUCAGGUGUCGCAACAACUAGAGCAAACCGGCAUGUUAAAAAUCAAGCUGGGAUUUCCGGACGAUGACAGCAACUACCUCAAACAUCUGCUUCAAAAUCUCAACAAGCAUCAUCAUCAUCAGUUGCCCAUUACCCACAGCGCAACCCGCGGCUGGUUCUGGGAUGUCCGCCCCAACAAGACAAAUUUCCAAGCUGGCGACCACCAAGCGAGAUCGGAAACAAUGAACGACUUCCCUUGGCACACCGACUGCAGCUAUGAAGAUCCACCGCCGAGGUAUUUUGCCCUGCAGGUCCUUCAGCACGAUCGGUAUGGCGGUGGUACCUUGUCUGUCAUGAAUGUCGAGAGACUGUGCGAGUUCCUCUCCCCCACAACCCAGGCUGCGUUGAAAGCACCUGAAUACUGCAUCUCAACCCCGGCCGAGUUUAUAAAAGACCCGACACGAAAAGGCAUCAUUGGCCCUGUAUUUUCCACGAAUUCAGAGGGCCAGUCAACCAUGAUUCGUUUUAGAGAAGACAUAUUAUCGCCCCUGACAGAUCGAGCGGCUAGAGCGCUGGAGAAGCUGAAGGAAGCCCUGGCGGGCGAAGAGGUCCAGAUGCAAUCGACUGUGCAUCUCAAAUCGACCGACCUUCCCAAAGGGUCUAUAAUUCUCAUGGAUAACCGCCGCUGGCUUCAUGCUCGCAAUCACAUCAAUGAUCCUGAACGCCACCUUCGUCGAGUUCGUUGGGAUGCAUGCCCCUUCGGCGACGUCUCCGCAAGGAAUGUCUGA